AUGGAGCAACAAUCAGUAUCAAAACCUCACCAGGAUAGUACUGUAACAGGUUUUGCUGAGCUAGGAUUAAAUGUGUGGCUCUGCAAACAGUUAUUGCGUCUUUCAAUACGUAAGCCAACACCUGUACAAGAUGUGCUGGCGUGUGCUAAGACUGGAACAGGCAAAACAUUGGCAUUCGCUCUACCAAUAUUACACAAGUUGGCAGUUGAUCCCUAUGGCGUUUGUGCAUUGGUGCUAGCUCCAACACGAGAAUUAGCAAUACAAAUUGGAGAUCAAUUUACUGCACUUGGUGCCCCCAUUGGUCUUUGUGUUGGAAUCAUAAUUGGUGGAGAGGAUCGUACAAUUCAGGGAAAUAUUUUGUCUAGACGACCUCAUGUUAUUGUUGGAACUCCUGGCAGAUUAGUUGAUCAUUUGGAAAGUGAUGCUGAAAACGCUGGAAAGAUUUUACAAAAUUUGCGAUUUUUAGUACUCGAUGAAGCAGAUCGUCUUUUAGAAGGGCAGUAUACUGAGGAAUUAAAAACCAUAUUAAGUUUUUUGCCCAAGCAACGACAAACUUUGUUAUUCAGCGCUACGAUUACAUCAGCAUUGAGCCAGCUAAGUCAGGUAUCUUUGAGAAAGCCCUACAUGUUCGAAGAUAAGAGUGAGGUUGCUACUGUCGACACAUUGGAGCAGAAAUAUGUACUAUGUCCACAUGCUAUCAAGGAUGCAUGUUUAGUGUACGUCGUGAAAAAUUUCCUAGAAAAGAAUCCAAAUAGUUCCAUCUUGGUAUUUUCUGAAACAUGUCGAGAAUGUGAAGCACUUGCAGUUAUGUUCCGUGGAUUGGGCUUUCAGGCGGUGUCAUUACAUUCACAGAUCAAGCAAAUGGAUCGAAUGUCAUCUCUAGUUAAAUUCCGGUCCGGUCGUACAAAGAUUUUACUGUGCACUGAUCUUGCAUCACGUGGGCUUGACAUACCUCAAGUUGAUUUAGUUGUUAAUCACAAUGUUCCAUUGUAUCCUAAAACGUACAUACAUCGAGUUGGCCGUUCAGCGAGAGCGGGGAGAUUCGGAAUGGCACUUAGUUUCGUUACUCAGCAUGAUAUAUUCUUGUUGCAGCGUAUUGAAGCAAUAAUUGGAAAAACGUUGCAAGAAAUCACUCUUGAUCACAAAAAGGUAGAGUGUUACGUUACUCAGGUACUCGUAGCGAAACGAGAGGCAGAGAUUAAAUUAGAUCAACAAAAUUUCGGUGAACAGAAGAAGAAAAACAAAUUAAAGGAGCUUAUCAUGGCGGGUUUAGAUCCUGAUGAUAUAGAAGAGAUUCUGCAUGCUCAAUGCGACCGAAAGAGAAAAAGAGGGAAAAAAAGGCGUCGAAAAUCACUAGUCGCGAUUGAGAAAGAAAAGUCAAAGAAAACAAAGAAUAGUCAAUUACAUAUUGAAAGUGAUAGUUAG